UACACAUUGCUUUCAAGAUUAAUAAAUUUUCAUAAUUUACCAAAGAAAAACCAAAAUGGAUGCCGUCGAAAUUCUUUCAAUAAAAUCAGUAAAGGUGAAGAGCGAUCUAUCAUUGAGAUUAACGAGGAGGGAUAAGAAGCGAAUGGAGAAGAUCUAUUUGGUGGCAUUGCUCUUCGUAGCCAUCGGCUUGAGCCAGAUGGCAAUAGCGAGGACUACGAGGUUCGAUUUGCGCGGCACGGUGCCGAUGCCGUGCCUAAUGUGGCUGGUCACAGGCCUGGUGUGUAUCAUCCUCAUGGUAUAUACCGAGCUGCACGACACGUUUCCCAUCAACUGGACCUUGGGCUUCGUGACCGUCGAGAGUAUGACCCUUUGUGUCAUAUGCUACGACUGGACCUCGAUGAGUUCGUGGUUGGCCUCCGCGGUUGUAUUGGCGGUUUUGGUGCUCAACGUGAUUCUGUACGGCAUUGCCUCAAGCUGUCCGCUGUGCUGCAUACCCACCUAUCGCGCAAUGUUGAUAGCAACAAUUGUCUAUACCAUCGUCUAUAUACUAACAGUGAUUGUUGUGUUUUCGGUCCAUAAAGGAUACCUGGUGCUCGCCGAUGGAUGGACUUUCCUAUACGUGACUUUAAUGACGUUCUAUAGUGCCAGCCUAGUACAUAAUCGCCACCUAGAUGUAUACCGAUCUGAAGAAUAUAUGCUCUCCGCUACAUUAAUAUCAUCAAUGUUUUUGUAUAUGAUCCAUCUGGUUCUUUCCGUGUUGGGUUAUAGCUUCGCCUUACAUGCAAAAUAUACGAAAGAACGUUACUGA